AUGUUAAUUCUUGCCCAGUCUUUUCUUCACCCACAUGUAAUUUGUCUUUCAGCGUCUACACCGCAGCCUAACAGGCAGGUGUCUGGAGAAACGAUAACCUUUCGCAGCGUGUCCACAGAAAACACGGCUGUCUAUCAGUGCAAUGCCUCCAAUGAGCAUGGGUACCUACUGGCCAAUGCGUUUGUCAAUGUGCUACAUGCGACGCCUCGCAUUAUUGGGCCCAGGAAUGAGCUCAUAAAGACGAUAGAGGGACAUCGUGCCUUUUUAGACUGUCGCUUCUUUGGCUCUCCCGUUCCUGAACUGCGAUGGUCCAAAUACGGACAAGGAAAUCUGGAGGGAAACCGUUUCAGGACCCACAGGAACGGGACUCUGGAGAUCAAACGCAUCCAGAUAGAAGACCAGGGUACCUAUCUGUGUGUGAUCAGCAACAUAGCAGGGAGAGAUGAGAAUCAAGUCCGAGUAGAGGUCAAAGAGCCCAUCAUAAUUGUGACCAAACCACGGAGUAUGAAAGUCCUGCGUGGAAGUGAUGUGCGCCUGGAGUGUGGUGUAAAAGCAGACAUCACCACACCAAUCAAAACAACAUGGAUGAAAAACAAAAACCAAGCUGCUCUCAGUUGGAGAGUCUCUAUGGAUGAAUCAAACCUUGUCAUUACUAAUGUGAACAGAGGUGAUGAGGGGAAUUACACAUGUGUGAUCCAAAAUGACCUGGAACAGAAGUCUGCAUCAGCACACCUAAUGGUGAUGGACCGACCAAGUCCUCCGACUGACUUGGAACUGUCAGAUCCAUACGAACGCAGUGUGCGACUCAGUUGGGUUCCUGGGGACAGCAACCACAGCCCCAUCACUGAGUAUUUAGUGCAGUAUGAUGACGAUGACUGGAUACCAGGAAAGUGGAAAAACCUAUCGACAUACCCAGGAAAUCUCAACUCUGUCGUGCUGCAUCUGCAACCUUUCACCUACUACGAGUUCAGGGUUAUUGCCAACAAUGAAAUCGGAUCGAGUCGUCCCAGUCGGCCAUCUAAGCGCUUCCAGACCAGCGGCGCACCUCCUGAUGUCAUACCAAAGAAUCUGAAAGGUGUGGGUACAUGGAGAAAUAACAUGGAAAUCAGCUGGGAGCCUCUGACGUGGCGAGAGUGGAACGGACCACACUUGAAGUAUCUGGUUUGGUGGAGAAGGAGGGAUUCCAGAGAGGAGUGGAAAAAUGCAACUACAAAGUGGCUGAAGUAUUACAUUUAUGACGCGGACACGUUCACCCCCUACGAGCUCAAAGUCCAGGCAGUCAAUGACUUCGGGCUUGGACCUGAGUCGCCCGUGGUCAUUGGUUACUCUGGUGAAGACCGUCCGAUAGCGGCCCCCCUGAACUUGAGAGUGUCUGACAUCGAGAGCACUCAGGUUACGUUACAUUGGGACCCAGUGACACGUGAAUCUAUUAUGGGACAGCUCAAAGAAUACAAGGUCUACUACUGGAGAGACAGCAGCCAGCUGAGGUGGCACAGGGUCAACAGAGCCAUGAGGUCCAAAGUGUUUCCCAACAGCGAUCCAGAACCCUCAGGCGUCGUCACUGACCUCAUUCCUUAUAGCAACUACGUGAUGUAUAUAGUAGUGACGAACAGCCGGUAUGAAGGACCGCCAAGUAAUCACAUCCACUUCUCCACACCAGAAGGAGUACCAUCUGCUCCGAGAUCCUUCAGGAUCCAACAGAGACAUCUGGACAGCAUUUAUGUUGACUGGGACCUACCAGAAGAGCCUAAUGGUGUUAUUACUGGUUACAGCCUGAAAUACCAGACAGUGAAUGCAAGCAGAGGAGAAGAGCUGAAAGUGGAGGAGUUCCCACCGAACGUGACGAGCUUCUCUAUCCGGCGAUUCGACCGCUACACUCGCUACAGAUUCUCUGUGGCUGCACACACUCGGGUCGGGCUGGGAGAGUGGCAUACGGAGGAGUCUCCCCACUACACCACAGAGAUAUAUGCUCAGGACCAGGUGGACAUUUCCACUCAGGGGUGGUUUAUUGGCAUCAUGUGUGCUGUGGCUCUCAUCGUGCUCAUCCUCCUCAUAGUGUGUUUCAUCAAGAGGAGCCGAGGAGGAAAAUAUCCAGUGCGCGACAAAAAGGACAUUUCAUUGGAACUGGUGGAUGACAAAGAUCAGGAGGGAACAUUUGAUUACAGGUCCCUUGAAAGGAUAGCACGUGUCUCAACUUUGCCCUAUCCUCGGCGAGAGGAGGAAAGAGGACUCCAGAGAGCUCAGCCGUCUGUGGAGGCGAUACUGAAGAGAUCAGACAGCGACGACAGCCUGGUUGAAUACGGAGAAGGAGGAGAAAUCCAGUUCAAUGAGGACGGAUCGUUCAUCGGCCAGUACACGGGAACGAGGAGAGACGUCAGGGACUUGGACUUUGGUGGAAAUCUAGAGCUCCACUCUCCGAUGAAUACCAUCUACUCUCUGGCAUGAGACUAAAACCUCAAGGACCAAUUCUUGCUACGGCUGUUUUCCCUGAGACUUCGCUCUGUUCGUACCUUCUCGGAAGCAGGCAGAGGAAGUGAAGAUUUGAGUCCAUUUGAGGAGGAAACAGCUGGAGAUAUAGAGCUGCUAUUAAACCUUUGUUAUUUCACAAGCCUCAACUUUCAUUUGUAUGGAGGGGGGAACCAUGCAGAGGUCGGGAUCCUCUUGACAUGUGUGUGUUUUUAGACAUUAUCUGUUAAAAUUUUCCUUUCAUGUUGUGUAUAUAUAUAUAUAUAUAUAGAACAUAUCUUUGCAAAAAACUGAAGUGUUGUGAGAGACUGAGAAGGAGCUUUUUAUUGUGUCUGUGAAAACUUUUGCAAGGACCAACUCACCCUCUGUAACUGCAUCUUUUUCUGUUUGUUAACUCCAACCGCAAAGUUUAUGUUAAUUAUGAGUGCAACACAUUCUGAAGGUUUCUUCCUCAACUUUGGUUCAAAUUUGUUUUAGCUUUUUAGAUUUAUAAAUUAAAACAAAGAGGCCGACCUAAUGCUUUCCUCGUCGAGGAAAACAUUUCUGUAGAACAAUUUCAAACAGCUUCUGAAGCGCUCUCCUAAUUUGAUGCAUUCUGUGGCGUAACAGUGUUUCUUUGACGUCUAACAUCAGCUGUGUACGAAGCAAAAAAAUGAAUAAAAAAAGUGUUUGUAAAUA